UUUUUCCAAGUCUGUAUUCCUCAAUACUUUAAUUCCUUUCCUCAGGUCUAUUGGCUGGAUCUUGUGGACUCAAAGGAAAGGAAUGCUUCAGUUAUUCCUGUGUGUGCUUCAAAGGCCUCCUGGAUGAGGUGCAUGUCCAACAGUUCAGAAGUGGUGAAAAGGCACCUUUGAUAGUUCCAUGCCAAUAAACUUCAGAAGGAAUUUCAGGUGGCAGCUUUCCUGAAGGAUUGAGGCGGAUUGAGUGAUGCACGAGAUGCUGGCAGAUUCUUCUGCCUAAUCCUUCUGAUCCUGGGCUGCAGCCAGAAGAAAUCUGGACCAUCCUAUGGAAAACAGUGUUGGAAGUACACAGGGAGCGGAGGCCUGAGGGUUUGGGAUUUCCCUGGGCAGUGAUGCCCGCGAUGGGAGCGUCGUGGUGCGCGCUGGCCGGAGCCCUUCUCCCGUUCCUCAUCCUCUCAGGAAGUUGGGUUUCAGCUGAGAACAUCAACUUCUACAACAUCAGGCCUCCACUGGACCCCACACCAUUCCCAAACAGUUUCAAGUGCUUUACCUGUGACAACGCAGUGGACAACUACAACUGCAACCGAUGGGCUGAGGACAGGUGGUGUCCUGAGAGCGCUCGCUACUGCCUGGCCGCUCACCUGUUCACGGCGCGUGGGGAGAGCACCUCGGUCACCAAGAGAUGCGCCACGGGCGAGGAGUGUCACCGCGUGGGCUGCCACCGCCGCGGGGACAGCGGCCACACGGAGUGUGUUUCCUGCUGCGAAGGCAUGAUCUGCAACGUGGAGAUCCCCACCAACGCCACCAACGCGGUGUUCGCGGUGCUGCCGGCGCGCAGGACGGCCGCGGGCAGCCGCGCACGGCCCAGCCUGGCGGCACUGGUGGCACUGGUGGCACUGGUGGCACUGGUGACAAUGGCGCUGUCCUGACACAGCACCCCCAGACAGAGCUGCUGGGACAGUCCCCGCGCCAGGAACCUCCGGGAUCUCCAAGGAGAAGUCGCUGAUGUUCCCUCAUCCCAGCAAAUUUAAGGAAAAGACAUCCUGAGCUCCUUGGGUGUUUUGGUGGGAAUCCUUCCCGUCAGUAUUGAAAAUAAACCCCACAAAAACCCCCUGCUGGGUGGGGCAGUGGGGUGGACUCGAGUUUUGGUUCCCUGUUUCCUGAGGAAAAUGCACAUUUUUUUGGGUUUUGGGACGGAACCGUGACAAUCACAGUCAAAAGGAGCUUUGGGUGGAUGAUGUGGAAAGGUGGGAACUGGAUUUAAAUCUUUGAUGUGCAUAAACAGCUCAGAGUUUCUUAUCAAGGUGUGUUUGAGAUGAUCUUGAUUUCACAGAGAGCACCUCUGGUUUUCAUAGAGAGCAAGUAUGAGGUUGGUUUUUUUUCUGCUUGAUUGGAGCUCUCAUUUUUCCUGGCUAUAAUACAAAAUUAAUUACUUUCUUUCUGUAAAAUGUCUCAUCCUCCUCCUGUUUAAAGCUGUGGGAAAUGUAGAAUUCCUAAAAAAUCCUGUUGGAGCACCCAGAGGAGAAUUCCUGAUCUUGCAAAGCAAAGGGAUUAUUUCCUUAAAAUUGAGUGUCCCCUCAGAAUAUCACAAAAAUAUUAUUUUUGUGAUAUUGGGAUAUCAUGACUUUGAAAUUGCAGCGACUGCCAAGCAGCUUCAUUAUCCUAAAAAUUCCAAGUGGACACUUGGAGGAGGGAGCACUGCUGUGUUUUCUCUUGAUUUGCACAGGUUUUUCCCAGGCAUAUUACAGUCUUGAUGGAUGUUUUCAGGAAGGAUGGAUCACUUAAACUGACUCAAAAAAGAGAUUGGGAGCUGUUCCCUGAAAAAUAUGAGUAGCUACAAAUUUGGCUUCUUUUACAUGGAUAUUACCUUAAUUAUUUGCUGGUUUGUGUGAUUAAUUAUAUUCAGUUGUUAAAAAGAUUCUGAAAUAGCUCCAGACUUGUUGACAUUCCAAAAUUUCCUCCACAAUAUUCUUAGGAUGCAGAAAGGUUCUGAAUUCAGUCUGUGGCUUCUGGAUGGGUGAUUGUGCAGCUACAAAAUUUGGAUGGAAAAGGUUUUUCCUUGACGAAGGAAAAUAGUUCUUGAUAUCUGAGUCAAGGUUUUCCAAGAUCUGGAUUCUCAUGGAUCUCUCUCAUUUCUCAAUAUCUGGAUUUUCCUUUUCCAUAUCUGGAUUCUGUGCCAUCUAACAGGGCUGGAAUUCUGCUCUGGAGCUGGGCUGGGAGAGCUGGGAAUGUUCCCCUGGAGAAGGGAAGGAUCCUUCAGGAUUUUCAGAUCUCUGUCUUAAAAACUUAAAAAAAAAAUUACUGGAUUUGAUAAAUCAAUUUUCAGUGAUGUCCUUGUCUCAGUUUGGGUUCAGAUGUUGCAAUUUAAAUUGCAAGUGUUGUAAUUUAAAUAUAUUCAACUUUUAAUUGAUAAAACAAAUUUUCAGUGAUGUCUUUAUCUCACUUUAGGUUCACAGAUGUUGUAAUUUAAAUAUAUUCAACUUUUAUUUGCCUAAAUUCACUCCAUAACUUUGGGAAUAAUUUUUCUGUAAAUCCAUAACUUUUUGAACCUGAAAAUAAUUCAUAUAUAAUGGCAAAUCCAUCUGUUUGUGCAGUUAAAUGUAUUUUUUAUGAUGUAUAUCUGUAUGAAAUAUGAUUUUUAUUUACAUUGCACUGGACAGCCUGUAGAAGGUUUAUUUUUAAAACUUAAAUGCUGAUAAUUCUUCAUUAUCCAGUGUUUGGAUGUUUUCUUAUUGCUGUGUAACUGCUUUGAGUUUUCUCCAGAAAUGGCACUUUUAAUAAAAAAUAUUCAAAUA